GCCCGGGAAGCAGCAUGGCGGAAGCUGAGGAGCAGCCGCCUGGCUCCCCUCAGAGCGAGGGCCGAGGCGAAGGCGGCGAGGAAGCCCCGGAAGGCGGAGCGGCGGCGGGGGCUGCCGAACCGGCUCCCCCUCCGGCCGGCUCGCCGGGCACCGAGGAGGCCGCCAGCGACACGAAAAAGAAAAUUGACAUCCUGCUGAAGGCCGUGGGAGACACCCCCAUCAUGAAGACCAAGAAGUGGGCCGUGGAGCGGACGCGGACCAUCCAGGGCCUGGUCGACUUCAUUAAGAAGUUCCUCAAGCUAAUGGCCUCCGAACAGCUGUUCAUAUAUGUAAACCAGUCUUUUGCUCCAUCUCCAGACCAAGAAGUUGGCACCCUCUAUGAGUGUUUUGGAAGUGAUGGCAAGCUUGUACUGCAUUAUUGCAAAACUCAGGCAUGGGGAUGAAUGUCAGGAAAUACAGUUGUUCAAGUGUCUUCAAAAAUGGAAAAAGGACUAACUUUCUUAACCUGUAAACACACAGAAAGAAGGAUUUUUGCAUUUCUGCUUAUGACAGUACAUUUAUAAAAAUGAUGCAGAUGAAUGCCAUAACAGAAUGCUACCUGGCCUAUAUUCCUAAGCUAUCUGAUCAUGAAGCUUUUUUUAUCAUGUACAUUUAGGGUACAGAAGAAAAACCCUGCAUCUGCCAUCUGUCAAGUAGAGCCAUCUUUCUUGCUGCUGAGCUGUUAGUUGCUGUAUCUGAGAGGAAAUGAUGUCAUAGUUGUCUGGAGGACUGGACUGCUCUGUCAUUCUGUGUGCUGUACUGGGGAUAAAAGUUCCUUUUUUUUAUUAAAAGGGAUGAGUAUGGUAUGUGUCA